GUUAGUCGUAGAGCAACCACUGCGGCGCAGGCGCACGUCUCUAGUUAACGGGAAAUCGUUUCAGUUUGCCGCCAAUACGGGCAAACAGUUUGAAAAAGUUUCAUAUACUUACUACAAAAAAUAAAAAUAGUGGCAGUUCUUAAAAUAAAAAGGUUAUAAGUAAUGUUUUGCUUUAGGAAUUGAAGUAGAAUGAUUUGCCGUGUAAAUUUAAUCAUAAUCGGAUUAAUUUUCCGAAUAACAACCGUGUCACCGAUACCAGAAAUUGACUCCGAUGAAGAAGUAUUACACUUAAUCGGUGAACCAGACUUUCGUGAUGUCCGCCUUCGCUGGGAGUACGGCAAGAUCGAUGAUGACAAGAGUCCGAAGCUGCUGGCGUUUCAAGUGCAUUACUGCGAGCUUCAGGCAUGGGGGCAGUAUCGUUGCAGAACAAAGGUGAUUGAUGAUUUAGAAGAGGACAAGUCUAGGUCGUUUGAAAUAACUAGUACAGUAGCGCCGGCGCCGUCGCAGGCGGGUGGUAGGCAGCGAGCUCGCACGUAUACCGCGCGCAUCAUGGGCCUGCGUAUGGCCACUACGUACUCCUUCGAGGUGCGUCCUCUACGACGGGACGCACGGGAUCUAGCGGACCCACAAUCUAUUGGAUCGAAAAUCAUAAUAGUGCCCACUAAGGGAUUCUCGGCACGUGCUACACAAUGUUUACCGCACGCCAGCGAAGUGGAGGUAUCAACGGGUCCUAAUUUCGGUGGUCGUAUAGCGGUGGAGGCGGCGGACGGCGGGCCGGAACGGUGCUCGCUGCAGGGGAACCCGAACAGUGCACAGGACGCGUACACGCUCCGGAUACACCACGAGGAGUGCGGCUCACAAGUCAAUGAUACUACAGUCGCCACAUACGUUAUAGUACAGGAGAACUUGCCGAUACUCACGCAUAGCACUCGACGGUUUUUAGUUUUAUGCACGUAUAAACCGGAAACGCUGACAGUAAGAGCGGGCAUCAAUCUGCCCAAAGCUAACCCGGGUGAUGUGUUACAUAAUAUGAAGCCUGUCGGUUCCGUGGAGCCGUACGACAAUGAGGAUCUUGACUACAACGAAUUGCAACCGGCUAGAUUAGAAGCGCGCAAAGAAGAAACACAACAGAGUGUUUUUGGCGAAAUAAUGUUGGUGAUGUUCUUGGUGGUGGCUGCAUUCGGUGGGAUAGCACUGUUGAUAUGGAAGAUGGUGCCACAAGCUGAAAAGGAUAAUAUCUCCAUAGCGACCAUGUCGUCUCUGUCGCGCAGCAGCAUUUUCAGUAGGCGGAACAGAGAUAGAUUCUCCGACCAAAGUUCUGUUUAUUCUAUAACACUUUCGGAGAAAGACGACUCUGUUAAGAAACCAAACGAUGGAGAUAAUACUUCGGAAGCGUGAAUGUUUUUUUUAUUACAAACACUGCGAAGUAUUUGCCUAAUGUUAUGGUUCACAACCUUGGUGCACGAUAAUGCACGUUCGGUCACGUGGCUUAAAAAUCAAGUCUAUGAUUGGUGUUAGCUGAUUUUUUAAAGCUUAUUGAAGAGGUACAGUCGACACUACGUCAGGAUAUCCGCAACUGUCACAUUUCUCCACAUGAUUAACCUUAAUGCAUUGUAGGUAGAGUUGAAAAUCGAUUGAGGAAAUUUGACAUAUUCUGGUAGCCUGACGUGCAUUCGUGUGAACAAAAUAUGUAUGUACCUCGAUCUCUGCGUUUAGAAUUUACAAUAUAUUAAGAGUUUCAAAUAAAAUCAUGUGGCCAGUACUUUUUUGCACUUAACACAAUUUAAUAUGCUAAUGAUUGCCAUACAAAAUGUAGCAGGUGAUUAGAUAAGUGAGAUGAUAGUUAUAAAAUAUGUACAAAUACAAUAUGCCCGAAUUGCGAAAGGUUCGAUUCCAAUCUCAGGGUGCCAAGGACCAAGUGGAUUUUUACGCAUGUUUCAUUAAGAACAUCAUGCUUAAUUACCAAACAACAUAAUAUAUGCUAGAUUCGUGUUAUGUCUGUACAGUGGCGUAACUACAGGGUGGCAAGUCGGCAAAAUGCCACGGGCCUCCAGCUGAAAGGGGCCCCCGGGGCCCGAUCAGUGGAAACUCCUGACAUUUAUUAUUAUACAAUUAGUAAAAAAAAAUUAAGAAUAUCCGAUGAAUUUGCCACGGGCCUCAAACAGUAUAGUUACGCCACUAUGUACAUGUUUUAUAAGUAUCAUUUAUAUAUUUUUAAUUAUAAUUACAACGUUUUUAAGAGUGAUU